AUGAAAAAGGAGCUGAGUGGCGGCUGCAAGGUGUUCGACCGGCCCGGCUCGGCCGCCUGGCUGGAGAGGCACGUGCUCACGCACGGCGGCAGCAAGCCAUUCCGCUGCAUCGUCAACGGCUGCUCGCAGCGAUUCGCCUCGCAGUCGAUGCUGGAGCGGCACGUAAACCACCACUUCAACCCGCCGGCGCCGGGGAAAAAGACCGACUCGAGCGUGAAGACGCCGCGCCGCAGCGGCCGGCGCGCCCAGCUCGACCAGCACCCCUACUCCGCUCGCAUCUUCGACUUCUGUGACCCGAGCGCCAUGGAGCGGCUGCGGUACCAGCUGGUGUCGGCGGACAGCGCGCUGGACAGGCUGCCGGCCAUCGCCAGCCGGUCCGUCCAGCUGACGGCCAGGGUAACAGCACGCCGGACCCUCACCACGAACAAGCCGGAGGUGCUGGUGCACUGGGAGCCGGCGGAUGUUGUGGAGGACGAGUGGAUACCGGCGCACGCCUUCAGGUCGACCCGGCGCGUGCCCUGCAGCCAGCUGCCGGUCGGCGUGUGGGAGCGGCUGGCGCGCGCCGUGGGGCAGCCGCCCACCCGGCGCAAACGCAAGACCUCUUAGCCCCGCCCCGGCGGCCCCCGGCGCUAUUACCGAGCCCCCUCCAGGCAGCUGUGCGCCGCCGCCAGCGGACCUCAGUACAAAUGGUUGGAAUUUAGCGAUGUUGUGCGAGCGAGGCGUCACGGCCGGCCGGGGCGUCCCGGCCAUCACGUGUUUUUCACCCCGGCCGCCAGGGGCGCUGCCCGGUGGGCCGGAGGAGAGUGACCAGCAAUUGCACUGCCAGUAGAAGAGGAUGGUCGCUCGCGUGGCGGCAUCGGAGGCACGGCGUCUCCAGUCCAUUUUUAUAGUGUUUUUGUACAUAGGCGCACGCCGACAAGCAGACUGUCAUGUAGUACAAUACCGUCACUGCCCGUACACUGCCAACUCCCCGAGUGCCAUUGGCGGGCGGCCGCGGCAGGCCGGCGUCCGAUCUCGCGCUGUCCCGGGACGUCGCGUCGGCGCGGCUGCGCCCACUGUCACCUGCCAGACGAUCUCGUGUUGUUCCGUCGCAAAUCGGUCCGUGCGUGGCGCACACCGCCGCCGGCGCGCGCCACGACGGCGGCGGCGCUUCCGCUCAGACAGGUGGCGCCGCGCGGCGGCGGGCCGGCGAACUACUGUCGCGCUCCGAGGCCUCACUCCUAGUCAGUCCAUCAGUCCAUACGCAUCAGGCUGCGUCAACCAUAACUCCGCGGCGCGUGACAGG